AUGAAGCAUAAGAGGUUCGAAGAGAACAUUUUAGUUGACGAGGCGUACACAAAUUAUGGGCAACCUGAUAAAAAUGCCGAUCAGAAGAAAACUCAAGGUAUUGCAAAGCAUUUUGCAGAAACAUUAGAGUAUGAAGACAAAAAGAAAUGGUACCACCAGUUACCUGAAGAACCUGGUACAAUAUCAAAAACUGUUACACAGCAGCAGUUAGAGGAGAUAACAAAAGAAGCAAACAGUGCAUUACAUGGAGACACUAUGGCAUAUGAAACUAAAACCAACCGCAGCGGUUCCUCAGACCACCAGUGGGCCAAGACGUUAUUGAAUAAGGGUGCCAUAGGAGAUAGAGUAGCGGCUGCUACUAUCCUAAUUCAGGACAAUCCAAUAUACAAUUUAACAGCAUUAAGAAAUUUAAUUAAUAAUGUUAAACCUGCUAAAAAGAAGGAUGGCAUCAUUAUCAUUGAUGCAUUAUCAGAACUGUUAGUAUCCGAACUACUGAUUCCGGACGUCAAAUUGCGCACGUUGGCACAGCAUCCGCUGGGACACUUGGACGAGAUGACAUCUGGCAACAAACAAGCGCGCAGGAAUAUACUAAAACUAUGGUAUUAUGAGGAUCAGUUGAAGGAGUUGUAUGGAACAUAUGUAGAAGCUCUAAACAAAUUUGCUCACGACUCAGUAGAAGCCAAUAAAGAGAAGGCAGUCAGUGCCAUGUCGUAUCUGCUGAUGCAUCAUCCUGAAAGGGAAAAGAUGCUGUUAACAAAUAUUAUAAACAAACUCGGUGACCCAUCCCAAGCAGUGGCAAGCAAGGUAAUCUACCAUCUCUGUCAGUUGUUGUACAACCACCCCAAUAUGAAGAAAGUUGUUUUGACUGAAAUUGAAAAGAUGUUGUUUAGGUCUAACAUCUCAGCCCGUGCUCAGUACUACGGAAUCUGUUUCCUCAAUCAAUUCUUCUUGGGUAAAGACGACUCGCAGAUAGCAGAGAAUCUCAUCAGAAUAUACUUUUCCUUCUUCAAAGCUUCAAUUAAGAAGGGUGAAAUCGACUCUCGUCUAAUGUCAGCCAUUUUGACUGGCGUCAAGCGCGCUUACCCGUUCGCGAAUAAAGAGCGUUUGUCAGAAACCCCUACACAUAUAGACGCAAUACAUAGGCUCGUCCACCUCGCCGGCAUCAACAUCGCCAUACAUGCGCUGGCGCUGCUCUUUCACAUCAGUGAUGCGUCUCAAGGGACCAGCGAUCGCUACUACACCGCCCUCUACCGGAAGCUAAUCAACGCUGAAAUCUUCAACACAACUCACUCGGCUCUUCUCUUCUCUCUCAUAUACAAAUCAUUAAAGCAAGACAAGAAUAUACCUCGUGUUUGCUCAUUCAUCAAGCGGUUAUUACAGCUGUGUUGUUAUAUGAAUCCCGCGCAGGCGUGCGGAAUGCUUUUCCUCAUAUCUCAGAUCUUGAAAGAUUCGGCGAAGAAAGAGGCUCUCCAGCUCGUGUGGACGAAGAGAGAGAUUAAAGAGGAAAUAAAAGAUGAACCACCAGAAAAUAUAGAAGACGAUGAAGGUGAGAUCAAGGAAGACGGAGAACACAGUGAUAAAGAUGAUACAAUAACGGAGGUAAACAAUACCAUAGACAGCACAGAAGAUGAGGAAAUCAAAGUGCAACAGAAGAGGGUUGACCUUCUGCAUGGUGAUAAGAAGGAUUUAUUGUUAGAAGAUGACGAAGAAGAAUCCUACGUGGACCUCAAGAUUGAUGAGGAAGGUAACAUCAAGCCAAAGAAACGCAAGCAGUCCAGCGUCACACCGAGCUGGUUCCACGCCAAAGUGAAGACAGAGGCUGUUAUGAACGGAAAUGAUGACCACAAUGUAGAACAGAAGAAUAAAGAUCUAGAAGCCAAGAUACAGCUAAAGAAGUCUGUCAACAUGGAUAAGGUGAUAACAGAGUACAACCCGUGGGCGCGCAACCCAACCUUCGCGGGCGCCCAGCGCUCCGCGCACGUGGAGCUAGCCACGCUCGCCAGGCACUUCCACCCAACCGUCAAACUCUUCGCCGAUAGGAUCCUCAACGAACAAAUCAUUCAAUACAGUGGCGAUCCGCUCAAAGACUUCGCCGGUAUCCGUUUCCUGGACCGGUUCGUGUUCAAGAACCCUAAGAAGCGUAGUGAUGACCAACAGGAUGACGGCAUCAAAAAAGUGAAGGGCUCCCAUCCUAAAUUCGCUGUUAGGAAGAAUUAUGUAGCUAAAGGUCUGAGGAGUAUACCAGUGAAUUCUGCUUCGUACUUGAACGAGGACGCGAGCAAAGUGCCAGUCGAUGAGCGUUUCCUGUAUGAUUUCUUACAAAAACGUCGCGAUACUGGUGCAGAGGAGAGUGACGACAGCGACGCUGAUUCUGUCACAAGUGAGGACUUUGAACAGUAUCUGGAUUCCGUCACUGGUGCUAAAGCUUUAGCUGAAUCAGACGACGAAUUAGACUAUCUAGCGGACAUGGCAUCAACAAAACAGAAAAGAGGCACUAAGAAACAGGCCGAUGAUGACGAGGAACCGCUCGGCAGUGAUGAUGACGGAGACGAUGAGGAUAUAGAGCCGAUGGAACAGAACGGGGAAGCUGAUGAUGAUGUUGAGGGCAGCGAUGGAGAACUCAAUAUAUCUGGAGAUGAAGAUGAGCCAGAUCUCUCUGGUGAUGAAAACGAACUGCUAUUAGAAGACAGUGAAGAUGACGAUGACAAAAUUGAUGUACCAGGAUCUAAUACAAAGGGUGGAAAAAAGAAGUUUAAACUAAAAGGCUCUGAUGACCUCGGCUCGCUCUUCGCCUCAGCUGAAGAGUUCUCUACUCUGCUAGAAGAUACAGCAACUAAUAAAAAGCAGGGGUCCAGCCAAGCGGUCGCCAACACAGACAACUCAAGCACAAAGCAACUAGCUUGGGAAGAAAAACGGGACAGAUGGAUAAAGGGAUACAAUAAAAAAAUACUUGGCAAUAAGAGUAAUAAAAAAUUCAACAAAAAUAAAAAAGGCAAUUUCGGAAAAUCAGACAAGGGAAACUUUAGCAAGUCUGACAAAAAAGGUUUUAAUAAAUCUGACAAGGGCGGAUUUAACAAGAUGGCUGCCAAAAAAGGUGGGAAACGAAAAGGCGGGAACAUGGAUGGCGGAGGCAGUAAAAAGAAGAAAAUGAAAUGA